GCAUCAGGUCCGCCUGAGUUAUACCCCUUGCUAAAACUUAAAAGCACGUGUGUGAAAGCAGUUUGUUUUGGUUUUGCCGUAGAUUUCUGUUAUAAAAAAACAGAUGGGGAGAAGAAAGAAAAAGUAUGAGAGUGGGACUGCCACAGCUUAUAUUUCAAGAAAUCAGGCUAUCAAGAAGUUACAGCUCACUUUGCAGGAUUUUAGACGAUUAUGCAUCUUGAAGGGUAUUUAUCCACAUGAACCCAAGCACAAGAAGAAAGCUAACAAAGGAAGCACAGCUCCAAAGACUUUUUAUUUCUACAAAGACAUUCAGUUCCUUGCUAAUGAACCAAUCAUUAACAAGUUCCGUGAAUUCAAGCACUUUGUGAGGAGACUUAAAAAAGCCAUUGCAAAGAAAAACUCCAAUGCUGUAUCCAGAAUCCGUUCAAACAAACCCAAGUACAAACUGGAUCACAUUGUUAAGGAAAGAUAUCCGUCAUUUGUGGAUGCCGUACGUGAUGCUGAUGACUGCUUGUCGAUGUGUGCUCUGUUUGCUACAUUCCCCAAAACAAGCUGCACACACAUAGAAUUCAUACAUCUCUGCAAGAGACUCAUAGUUGAAUUCAUGCAUUAUGUGAUAACAUCCAAGUCUCUCAGAAAGGUUUUCAUUUCUAUAAAGGGUAUUUAUUACCAGGCAGAUAUUGCUGGUCAGACUGUCACAUGGGUGUGUCCUCAUAAACUGGGCUAUCAGCAUCCUACUGAUGUAGAUUACAAGAUUAUGCAGACAUUUGUUGAGUUUUACACAACAUUCUUGGGAUUUAUCAACUUUCGGCUCUACACAUCAAUAAAUCUUCAGUAUCCUCCAAAACUUGCCCUAAAUGAACAUGAGCUUCCUGAUAAGACAAAGGAUCUGUGUCUGGAACAAGAACAACUUGAAGAGCGUUUAUCUGCAUUGUCACAAACUCUGAAAACUGUAGGUGAUUCAGUUGAAGAGGAGCCACAAAUAGAUGUUUUUCUCUCCUCCGAUUCUGGUGAUCCGGAUGAUUUAGAAAAAGCAAAGAUUGAUGCAGAAAAUAUAAAAAAGUUUCAGAAUUUGUUCAAGAGUCUCAAGUUUUUCCUCAACCGUGAAGUGCCACGUGAUGGGUUAACCUUCGUUAUCAGAUCAUUUGGUGGAGAGGUUUCCUGGGACAAAACUGUCUCUGUUGGCUACUCAUUUCCCGAGACUGAUGAAAGCAUUACACACCAGAUUGUAGAUCGUCCAAUGAUGGAGAAGCAGUAUUUGUCAAGAUAUUAUGUGCAGCCUCAGUGGGUAUUUGACUCUGUUAACGCACGGAUGUUGCAGCCAGUGGAAGACUAUUUCCCUGGUGUGGUUUUACCUCCGCACUUGUCACCAUUCGUGGAAGAGCAGGAAGGUGAUUACAUUCCUCCUGAGAAGCAGCAGAUCAUCAGAAAACAGAAGGGAUUAGAUUCAGGACUGGGUGAAGAAGAAGAAGAAGAGAGUGAAGAAGAAGAGAGUGAGGCGGAUGGCGAGGAUGUUGAGAGUGAGGUGGAUGAAGAGCAGAGUGAGGAGGAAAGUGAGGAGGAAGAAGAAGAGGAGGAAAUGAACACAAAGCAUAUUCACAAGAAAAGAAAACAAGUUGAUGGAUCUAUUGAGCAACCAAAGAAAGCCAAAAUGGCAGUUCAUGCUGGGAAAGUUGAAAUGGUUAACAUUGGUCAAAAGCUACAGAGACAAGAGGCUGAAGAGAAGCGACUAGCUGAAAUGAUGAUACCCAAGAAAAAGCGUCGAUUGUAUCAGAAAAUAAUGUAUUCCAAGAAGAAGAGAUCACAAGAGGCAAGAAAACUUGAGGAAAAAAGAAAAGUUUUUGAUGAAGAGAAGACGAGAAAGAAGAAGAGGAAAUCUUGAGGUUGCUGCAGUUAUAAAUGACAUGAAAAUUUAUACAGUAGCACAGAUGUAAAAUAGACUUAUAAAAUGACAAGAAAACUUAUACUGUGGCACAGAUGUAAAAUAGACUGUUAUAAAAUGACAUGAAAACUUAUACUGUGGCAUGUGAAAUAGACUGCUUCACAAAACAUACUUGCUUGCUGGACAAAUGGUUAAGUUUUGUUCACAUAAUGCUGACAUUGAUUUGGGGAAGUGCAGGCAAAAAUAAUUAAUCCAUUGCCAGUCCAACCAAAGAGGACUAUUAGUUUUGUUUCCAUCUGUCCAUCUGUCUGCCUGUUUCUCAUAUAGAUUUUCAGACACUUUUUUUUGCAGUACGUCAAGACAUUGAGCUGAAAUUUUGUAUACAGCUUAUUAAAUUAGAAUUUUUUUUUCGGCCCGUGAGGGCUAUGUAUUGCUUCAAGUGUACUCUCAGAAUGAUGGUAACUUAGUUUAGAGGGUGAGUGGAUGAGCAUUCUAGGAUGUAAUUAUUUUAUCUUUUCCAUAAUUUUAAUAUUAAUGAUCAGGUACUGGAGCCAGUGUGUUUACAGAAUAUUAGUCCACAGCUGGAGAUUAAUCUAUGUGGUGGACUGCAUACAUUAGUUGUUUUGGAUACAUACGUAUUUUAUAUACAAAAUGUGUAUUGAGUAAUUAGCAAGCUGAAUAUACAUGGGUCUAAAAGUUGUGUUAAUUUGCUAUGAAGUAAAAUGGUGUAUCAUUAAUGUUAACAAUUAAAAAGUUUUUAAUAAAACAUGUCAUGAAUAUUA